AACGUUCGCUCUGUUUUGCCUGUGUGCGAAAUGGAUGCAGAGAAAGGUAUCCUGAGUCUAGUUGAAAGGGGUCUGAUCCCACGUGCUGCUAGGAUUACUCUAGAGAAGCCUCCUGUUCUACCCAAGCCUGUUCUUCUUCAUGAAUUUCACACAAAGUACAAGAAACCAGCUGCAGAUGGAGGUGUGCAGAGCGAGAAGGUGGAAGCACGCCCUCGUCCUUAUCAAAAGCCGCCACGCACAUCCACUUACGCAAGCAAGGCAAGGCAAGGAAGCCAGGGCAGCAUCGCUCCACCCCCAUCCUGCAUCUCUGUAGUUCCACCCAAGAAAUUGAGGCAGCAGUUGAUUCAGGCCUUUCAAAAGCGGGAGUCAGCCACUUCUUCUACCUGGCUGCCAAAGACUCCAGAAGUGACACCAGCUCAGGUGUUCCAGAAUCUGUUUUUGGAAUUUGACAUACCUGUUCGUAAAGGUGCUAUAGACCACGCAGCUUCCGAUCUCCUUGGGUUUAAACAGCACUGCUGCUUAUUCUGGGGAAGCACUCUUUCCUUCUUGGAGCAAGUUGCAAAUCUUCUCAAGGAUUAUGCCGUGCCCUCCGCCGUCAUCAAGGGGAAGAAGGUGAUGGAGAUCAUUCCGGAUUUUGACCUUCACCAGAGGCCAACCAGGGAGGAUCUUCUCUCGGUGAUAAAGGAUGGGGCAGUGAUCAGGGAGCUCUUAAGGCAGCCUGGCCAGAGAUACAAAGGCCAAAAUGGUACUGAAGCAGCAGCCAGCAAGAUCCAGGCGACAUGGAAGUGUUACCGAUUCAGAAAAGCCUAUAUCAGAUUCAGGCAGCAGCAGUGGGCCUCGGGCGUGAUUGCCAUCUCUUGGCUUGUGCAUGUUCACAUGGGGCGUGUCAGAAAGGCCCUGCAGGAAUCACGGCAGAGACACCUGGAGAAUUUCUACAUCAGGGCCAAGCAUCUGGCCGCCAACUGGAAUCGCAUCAGGACCUCUAGGAGGACCAUUAUCCAUAUCCCAUCAUUAGGGUAUCCUCAGCAUAUUCGAGAUGCAACUUCUGAUUUUGCUAUUCAUCAGGGAAUGCAGAUUGGACGGCUAUGUGAAAUACAAGAUUCUAAUGUGGAUGUCAUCUAUAUUUGCCCCCAUCAAAUGAGCAAGGAGAUGCUGCAAUAUUACGAUAAACUCUUGGGUCUGCAGCCAGCCGUUAGAUCUGGGAACCCCGAGGACAUCACUGACCUGCAGGACAGGUUCAAAAUUCUCACCCCUGAAGCCAUAAACAGCUUCCCUAUGGUUGAGGCCAUAAGUCAGCUGAUAUUAGACUAUCCGGAAGUGAAACGCUGGGUGUUCAAAGUGGACAACGACUUUGGGGGAAAUGGUACAGCAUACUGUGACAUCACCACACAUCUUAAAUGCCUCCCUUGGAUUCUGAAGGAGAGCCAUAGAUAUGGUCCUGAGAUAUGGAAGAAGAGGUGGGCGCAUGAACCAGCUUUGGCGAAGAUCUCCCAGGAGCUGCCGGGCCUUUUAGCACAGCACGCUCAGGCUGUCAAUGAGAAACGAUUUCCUACAUGGGGAAAAUUCCUCCAAAUGUUUGUGAGUCAAGGAGGAAUCAUAGAAGCCUUCCCACCUUCAGACAGUGUCACGAAUCUCACCGUGGAUAUGCUAAUAGACCCAACGGGAGAGAUCACGAUUGUUUCCUGUGGAGACCAGUUCCAUGCCGACGGUCCUUUGCGGUCUUCAGGAACCACCCUUCCUCAGUGUUCUGUUGAACCACGGGUCCUGAACUUGCUGUGCUUUAAGAUUGGAGAGGCCUGCAAAUCCAGGGGAGUGGUCGGUUACUUUUCCAUUGACUUUGCGACAUUUAUCCACCCCCAAACAAUGGGGCAGCAGGUAUGGGCAAUAGACCUGGAUCUGCACUAUAGUGAUCAUCUGGCUUUGACACAGGUCUUGCUUUACGUAACUAAUGGGACGCUGGAUUGCAGGUUAAGCCGCUUUGAAGUGCAACUAAUUCCAAAGAAACCAAAAGGUCGCCAUCCCCAGAAAGAACAGCCCCAAGCUGCUUCCAUUGUCAGCCGCUCUGUUGUCAUGAGCAGUUCAAUUAUGCAUGCCAACCUUUCCCUCAUCUACUAUAACGUUUUCCUUCAGAUGUGCAAGGCUCAUGGGAUUGGAUAUGAUGUCCAGCUAAAAGAAGGUACAAUUUUUCUCAUGUUUGAAGAACAGAAGAGACAUAAAUUUGGAAUGUUAACAAUUGGAGAACAUCUCCAGGGGGUCCUCAUGACCUUUGCUCAGCAUCUCUUCAUCAUCUAUCAAGAAUUAUCAGCACCUAAUAUGCAUGCCGAGACCAAUUUUAAGGGAGCAGUCCAAGAUAUUGAACGAAUUUUGGGAGUUACAGAACAAAACAAGUUAAAAUUUGAAGAGGACCAACAGGCUUCCAAAGUACAAGCUUCCACAAAAUAGUUAAACUCUAUUCCAUGUGCCAUCGUGGGUUUCUCACUGUACAUCUUAAAAUUCUUC